UUAAAUCACAGCGGAACAUUAGCUCCACAUUUAUUCAUAAGCAAAUGAAAACAUCUGCAACUGUGGCUUAAAUUGUAAUUACUCAUUGUGACCACUUGCAGGCAGUGAGAAAACUAAAUAUUGUCAAUAAACAUGUCAACUCCGCAAGUGUCAAGUCGGAAUUGAUAAUAGGCUAUAGACUACCAAAAUAAUAAACAAUCUAAACAGACAGCAGUGUUUGUUAUGAGUAUGCUACAUAAUUAGUGUGAGCAGAAAUUUGCAUUAGGGGCCUCUCAGCUUUGGAACUCCCGGUCGCAAGAUCUGAGGCUUGCAGAAUCAGUGACAUUAUAAGACGUGCAAAUCGCCACUGAUUGGUUUACUAUUGACCCAGCUGGGUUUCCGUAGUUGUCCCUUCUUCAAUUUCUUCCCGAGAAACACAGCGUUGCAAGAAGGGCGCGAUAUAACAACACGAGAAGUUCACACUGUCAAAACUCACAAACAGCCCAACAAUUUUGAGCUUUCGUGGUGUUGCUUGGCCGCACUGCUACCUCGUCUCUCCAUGCUGCUGUGCCGAGUUUCGGCAGUGAGCCAGACGCUAGCGAGAUGGGGACGGAGGUCACACCGGGGAGGCGGCCUCCUCCACCGGGCUCUCUCCUUCAGCUCCAGCCGCUGGCAGGGUGUCGGUGCGGGGGACGGCAGCGCUCAGCCCGCAGAGACGGGCUCUGCUCAGGGCCUGUACCGAGACACGGUGCUCCUUCCCCGGACUGACUUCCCAAUGAAACUGACCGGACAGAAACUGCUGGACCGAGAACUCGAGAUACAACAGGAGUGUGGAUUUGCAGAUGUAUACUCCUGGCAGAGAGAGAGGAAGGCCAAGAAGGAGUUCUGUCUUCAUGAUGGACCCCCCUAUGCCAAUGGAGACCCCCAUGUAGGGCAUGCACUCAAUAAGAUCCUGAAAGAUAUCCGUAACCGUUUUGAGAUGCUGAGGGGGCGGCAGGUCCACUACAUCCCAGGCUGGGACUGCCAUGGCCUGCCUAUCGAGCUGAAGGCUCUGGGGGAGUUGGGGACCAGCGGCCUUAGUCCGCUUCAGAUCAGACAGAAGGCACGAGAGUUUGCAGAGGGGGCCAUUGCUCGUCAGAAGGCUGCUUUCCAGCGCUGGGGCAUAAUGGCUGACUGGGACCAGUGCUACUACACGUAUGAUGGGUCCUAUGAGGCCGCUCAGCUGACUGUCUUCCAGGAGAUGCACAGCAAGGGGCUCAUCUAUAACGACUACAAGCCAGUCUUCUGGUCUCCUUCAUCAAGAACGGCCCUAGCAGAGGCAGAGUUAGAGUACAACCCUGAGCAUGUGAGCAGAGCCGUCUAUGCCACAUUCCCCUUAAUCACACUGCCACCUGAGAUGGCCUCAGCAGCAGCAGGUCUGGAAAGUGUCUCUGGAUUGGUGUGGACCACCCAGCCUUGGACCAUUCCUGCCAACCAGGCUGUCUGCUACAUGCCCAACGCCCAGUACUCGGUGGUGAAGAGAGCAGACAACUCUCAGCUGCUCUUAUUGGCCACGGAGCGCACGGCCAGCAUGGCAGCACUGCUGGGCACGGAGCUGGAGAGUGUAGGCACCUUCACAGGCUCUCAACUUGAGGGUGGGAUCUGCAAACAUCCCACAAUUCCUGACAAGGAAGUGCCGCUAUUGCCGGCCAAUCAUGUGACUAUGGCAAAAGGAACAGGAUUGGUCCACACAGCACCAGCUCACGGCAUGGACGAUUACAGUGUGGCUUCACAGUUUAAACUGUCUGUGGAGUGUAUGGUGGAUGAGGACGGCAAGUUCACUGAACUGGCUGGACCUGAGCUACAGAAUCUGUCUGUGAUGACAGAAGGCACUGACAAAGUGAUUUCCAUGCUGAAGGAGUGUGGGGCUCUGGUGAAGGAGGAGCAGUGUGUCCACAGUUACCCAUAUGACUGGAGAACAAAGCAGCCUGUCGUCAUCAGGCCCAGUAAACAGUGGUUUAUCAGCACAGCCUCACUUAAAGACAAGGCCAAGGAAGCACUGCAGAAGGUGCGUGUUUUGCCAGAGUCGGCGAGAGGCAGCCUGCUGGCCAUGCUGGACAGACGGACAUACUGGUGCAUCUCUAGACAGCGAAGCUGGGGCGUCCCAAUCCCAGUCUUCUACCACAGAGAGACUGGAGAGGUUCUGAUCAACAAGCACACAGUGUCCCACAUUGCAGGGCUCUUCAAAGAAAAGGGCAGUGACUGUUGGUGGGAGCUUCCCAUUGAGGCUCUGCUGCCACCAGCCGUGCUCAAAAAGAGUAAAGCAGGGCCAGCGACUGACUACGUUCGUGGAGAAGACGUCCUAGACAUCUGGUUUGACAGUGGCGCAUCAUGGGCCGCUGUGCUAGAAGAGACAGACUCCAGAGCAGAUGCAUAUGUUGAAGGAAAGGACCAGAUUGGAGGCUGGUUUCAGUCCUCACUGCUGACCAGCGUUGCCGUUAGGAACAAGGCACCUUACAAGUCUCUGUUGGUCCAUGGCUUUGCUGUCAGUGAGAAAGGAGAGAAGAUGUCCAAGUCCCUGGGCAAUGUUGUGGAUCCUGAUGUAGUCAUUAAUGGAGGGAAGGACCCCAGUAUGCCGGCCUACGGGGCGGAUGUGCUGCGUUGGUGGGUCGCAGAGUCCAACAUCUUCUCUGAGGUCCAGAUCGGACCCACUGUACUCAACUCAGCCAGAGACAGCAUCAGCAAGCUGAGGAAUACUCUGAAGUUCCUGCUCGGCAACCUGCAGGGCUUUGACCCACGUGUGCAGGCCGUUGACCCAAAAGAGAUGUACUACAUUGAUCAGUACAUGUUGCACCUGCUCCGCGAGUACAGCAUCAAGGUGACAGACGCAUACAGUGAGUUUGACGCCGGCAGGGUCAUCCGUGUUCUCCAAGCCUUCAUCACCAGAGACCUCUCCAGCUUUUACUUCAGCAUUAUCAAAGACAGGUUGUACUGUGACUCAGAGGACUCGGUGGGCAGAAGAUCAUGUCAGACCGUUUUAGAGGAAAUUCUGGAUGGAAUGACCAGAUCCAUAGCUCCCAUUCUGCCACAUCUAGCUGAAGAGGUCUAUCUUCACGCACCAGGACAUGACAAAGGGGAGACAUUAUUCAAGAGCGGCUGGAUCAAAAGCAGCUCUGUGUGGCGCCGACCGGGAUUGGAGGAGGCAGUUGAGGGGGCGUGCGCCAUCCGGGAUUCCUUCCUCUCUUCCAUUCCAGGCAAAAAUGCAGCUCAGUACGACCUCACCAUUGCCAUUGAACCCGGUUUGCUGUUUGAACUCAUGGAGUCUCUCCAGGAGGAAGCCACCUCCACCUCCUCUCAGCUGGCUGAGCUGAUGAUGGUAUCUCAGGUCAGCCUGACCAGUGAGCUACCCCGCGACCUGCCUCCAGAUGCCCUGCUGAGCCACGGCACCUUCCUCAUCAACCUGGAGGGUGGCGUUAUCCGUGAGGACAGUGCCUACAGUAUCGCAGUGGUGCCCACUUCUGGUGCCCGGUGCCCGCGGUGCCGCCGCUACACUGCAGAGUCAGCAGACUGCCUGUGCCCGCGCUGCCAGAAUGCUGUUUCAAAGAUUCACUGACGGGCCUGAAGUCCUGUCUCCAUGAAGAUCAGCAAACAUCACCUUGCCUGUUUUGUUUCCCUGCUUCGGGUGAAGUUGCUCUUCAGGGCUGAAUAUAGACCAGACAAUCCCUGUCGCCAUCAGCUGAGAGAUGUAAAACUGACUCCAAAUCAGCUGUUGCCUCACUCCAGUUUUCUCUCACUUUGGCCGCUGCCAGUGAAGAGCAACUGCAGCUUGGCACAGGGCUGGAGGGGAUAGUAUGUGCUUCAGCAGGCUUCACUGUUUUUAUGCACUUACAAACUUUCCUAGAACAGCAGGUGUGAAAACCAAAAAUAUCCAAGGCGGCCUUGGUCACAUGACUGUGUUGGUUAUACAUCUGAUCUUGUAGGAUAUCUAGGAUAAAAUGAGCAAGAUUGUUUACUGUAUGUAUAGUUGGGAAUUGAUGAUAUUAACUUGAUUUUCAGUCUACAAGGGAUGCCAUUCAGGAGGCUACUGUGUAAAUACCUGAAAAAAGGAAUUCACUACAGGUGUUACUAUGUGACGACAACAGCAGAGAAUUUAAACUGUGUACGUUCUUGUAAACGCCUAGCUCUGUAUCAGAAAUCCUGUUCCUGGUAAACGUCCCCAUAAAAAAGGUGUAUGAAAAUAAUGUCUCUAAAUUAUAAAUAAAUGGAGUUUUAUCUCUGAA